AUGGCCGCUUUUAUGCUUUUAUUGAAUUUGAAAAAUAUUUAUAAAUAUACUUCAUAUACACAUUCGUGUAAGUAUUCUACUAUAUUUCAUUAUGAUCCUGAUCCAUCAGAAAAAUGGAUGCCAAAAAGAAGAAAAAAUGCUCAGGAUAUUGCCCUUUGGCUUACCAGAAUCAAGUCCACAACUUUCAAAGAUACUGAUAAGUUCAUUGAUAAUCGUAUAACCAAAGCUUUAUCGAGUAUGCAAGAUUUUAAUGAACCCCUUUUCAAGAAGUAUGGAGCUGAUCUUGCGGCUUCAAUAUUUGCUUUAAAAAUAGGAGGAGCUGUUCAAUUUUGGGAUCAAAAUUAUUGGUACAUUGCAAGAUACCAAAAUGCUAAAAUGCCAACCAAUAAAGAGACUGAAGAUGAAGACAAUUCUAACAAUCAAGAAUUUUUAGAAGAAAUGAAAUUUAGUGAUGAUAACAUUUUAUUGCACACACUUUUAUCUAGGUAUUCAAAGUGUUCACGUAAUUAUGAUAAUAGAUUUUAUCAAAAUAUUGAAGUAUCUGGUUGCAUUGAUUCUGAUCAAAUAAAAACUCCCAAGAUAUGUUUAAAAUCUGAUUAUACUUCAAAAGAAAGAGAAAUUUUACCAUCUAACAAAACUCAUAAACUUGAUGUUAUAAAAAAAUCAUCCACUGAUUUUACCAUUAAAAAACUUGAUUUUUCGAAUUCACGUAUCAUGUACAGAGGUUUAGAGAAUUUACAAGGACUUGAUUAUCUACUUGAAAUGAGCUUUUCUGGGUGUGCAUAUAUUGAUGACACUUGUAUUUCUAGACUUCCUAUUUUGGUAAACACCAAUUUUUUUCAGAGUUUGGAUAUAAGCAAUUGUUCUAAGAUAACAGAUAAAGGGCUUGCUACAUUACACAACCUUUCCCCUGGGAUUCAACGAAUAUUAUUAAAAAAUUUAAUUAGCAUACCAAACUCAGAUAAAGAUUUGAUCCCUGUAUUAUUGAAAAAAUGUAUGCCAGAAUGCCAAUUUAUCUUUUAA